AUGGCGAGCACGGCCCCAGACAGGUGGACGCUGCUCAGUCUCCGGCUCUGGCUCCUAAUGGCGGCGCUACUGGGGACUCUCGCGCCGCAGGUCCAGACCGUCAGUCCAGAGAGCCUCCUGCUCGUGUCCACCCUGGAUGGGAGUCUCCACGCACUAAGCAAGCAGACAGGGGACUUGAAGUGGACGCUGAAGGAUGAUCCCAUCAUCCAAAGGCCAAUGUACAUCACAGAAAUGGCCUUUCUCUCAGAUCCAGCUGAUGGCAGCCUGUACAUCUUGGGGACCCAGAAACAACAGGGAUUAAUGAAACUGCCAUUCACCAUCCCCGAGCUGGUUCAUACCUCCCCAUGCCGCAGCUCAGAUGGUGUCUUCUACACAGGCCGAAAGCAGGAUGCCUGGUUCGUGGUGGACCCUGAGUCAGGGGAGACACAGGUGACACUAACCACAGAGGCCCUUUCUACUCCCCGCCUCUACAUCGGCCGCACGCAGUACACGGUCACCAUGCAUGACCCCCGGGCCCCUGACCUUCACUGGAAUACCACCUACCGUUGCUACUCGGCACCCCCCAUGGACAUCUCCCCUGGAAAAUACAUGAGCCACCUGGCAUCCUGUGGGAUGGGCCUGCUGCUAACUGUGGACCCAGAAAGUGGGGUGGUGUUGUGGACACAGGACCUGGGUGUACCUGUGAUGGGCAUCUACACCUGGCACCAGGAUGGCCUGCGCCAGCUACCCCAUCUCACACUGGCUCGAGACACCCUGCACUUCCUUGUCCUCCGUUGGGGCCACAUCCGACUACCUGCUGCAGGUUCCCAGAACACAGCCACCCACUUCUCUGUCUCGGACAUCCAACUGCUGAUGACGCUGUAUAUAGGGAAGGAUGAAGCUGGCUUCUAUGUUUCCAAAGCACUGGUUCACACAGGGGUGGCCCUAGUGCCUCGUGGACUGACUCUGGCCUCCAGGGAUGGCCCCACCACAGAUGAGGUGACACUCCAAAUCUCAGGAGAGCGAGAGGGCUCACCUAGCACAGCUGUCAGAUACCCCUCAGGCAGUGUGGCCCUCCCUAUCCAGUGGUUGCUUAUUGGACACCAUGAGCCACCCCCAGUCCUGCACACCACCAUGCUGAGAGUCCAUCCCACCCCAGGGAGUGGAACUACUGAAACCAAACCCUCCAAGAGCAUACAGUCUCCGGCCCUCUUGUUGGAGCUCCUGAGCCUGAGUCAGGAGGAACCUUGGGACCUGGAGCUGCACCCUGAAGAGAAAACUUCACACUCGGAUCCAGGACCAGGACCCCAAGACCUGCUGGCAGCCAGCCUCACUGCGGUCCUCCUAGGAGGGUGUAUUCUCUUCUUGAUGAGGCAGGCCCUUGUGUUCCAGCAGCAGCAGCAGGCUCCCCUGGCACCUGCAGGACCUCCUGCCAUCUCACAGGAUGCUCUUUCCCAGCUCUCGGGGACCACCCCACAGGACCAGAAGAGGCUGCAAAGCCCCUCUGAGAAAACCCAGCCACCUGAAGACCCUGAAGCCGAGCAGCUCACUGUGGUGGGGAAGAUCUCCUUUAACCCCAAGGAUGUGCUGGGCCGAGGGGCAGGCGGAACUUUCGUUUUCCGGGGACAGUUUGAGGGACGGGCAGUGGCUGUCAAGCGACUCCUUCGUGAAUGCUUUGGCCUGGUCCGGCGAGAGGUCCAGCUGCUGCAAGAGUCAGACAGGCACCCCAAUGUGCUCCGCUACUUCUGCACAGAGCAGGGACCCCAGUUCUACUAUAUUGCCUUGGAGCUCUGCCCUGCCUCCUUGCAGGAGUAUGUGGAAAGCCCAGAACUGGAUCACUGGGGCCUGGAGCCUGAGACAGCACUGCAGCACCUCAUGUCUGGCCUGGCCCACCUGCAUUCCUUACACAUAGUGCACCGGGACCUGAAGCCAGCCAAUGUGCUCAUCACGGGGCUUGACAGCCAGGGCCGAGGCAGGGUGGUUCUCUCCGACUUUGGCCUCUGCAAGAAGCUGCCACCUGGCCACUGUAGCUUCAGCCUGCGCUCAGGCGUCCCCGGCACAGAGGGCUGGAUAGCACCUGAGCUCCUUCACCUCCUACCCCCAGCCAGCCCUACCAGUGCAGUGGACAUCUUCUCUGCAGGCUGCGUAUUCUAUUAUGUGCUUUCCGGAGGCAGCCACCCCUUUGGAGAGAGUCUUUAUCGCCAAGCAAACAUCCUUGCAGGGGCUGCCCGUCUGGCUCACCUGGAGGAAGAGGCCCAUGACAAGGUGGUUGCCAGGAGCCUGGUUGAGGCCAUGUUGAGCCCACAGCCCCAGGGACGCCCCUCUGCUCACCAGGUGUUGGCCCACCCCUUCUUUUGGAACAGAGCCAAGCAGCUCCAGUUCUUCCAGGAUGUCAGUGACUGGCUGGAGAAGGAGUCUGAACAGGGACCCCUGGUGAUGGCACUGGAGGCAGGAAGCUCCAUCGUGGUCCGGGGCAACUGGCACAAGCACAUCUCGGCGCCACUGCAGUCAGAUCUGAGAAGGUUCCGGUCGUAUAAGGGGACUUCGGUGAGAGACCUGCUUCGUGCUAUGAGGAACAAGAAGUACCACUACAGGGAGCUCCCGAGUGAGGUCCGGCAGGCCCUAGGCAACGUCCCUGACAGCUUCGUUCAGUACUUCACAGACCGAUUCCCACAGCUGCUUCUCCACACACACCAUACCAUGAGGAGCUGCGCGUCCGAGAGCCUCUUCUUGCCCUACUAUCCACUGGCCUCAGGGGCCAGGCAGCCAUGCCCAGAGGCAGCUGGGAGCUAAGGCCGGCCAGCCCAGGAGCUAGGCCUGGGGCUGAGGCUGGCCUUAGCAUCAGACAAUACCUGCAGAGACUUGGCAGCCUUGGGAACAUAAUGGAGCAAAGACAUGCUGAGAGCCCAGAUGCCAGGCACCCCUUGGAAUACAAGAAAAAUAAAUUCUCAUGUGUUUAAUGUAUAUAAA